AUGUUUACCCCAAUUCACACCUCAUUGGGUGCUCUGUUACUAUUCCAAGGCUCAUCCGGUCUGCUAUUUCACAACGGCGCCGUAUUCGGCAUUUCAUCUCUGCUUUCCGGGUCCGUCUUCAAUCCAAGUCGUGACAAUGUGCCCAUAAUCGCGGGCUUGAUGUCCGCCCUGGUCCCGGUCUACUUGUUUGUACCAUCAUUGAUCCCGACAUAUCCGGCACAACCAGAUUCACUGGUUGCCGUUGCUGCAACAUUGGGGGUUGGGUUUCUGCUUGGCUGGGGGACAAAGAAUGGUCGAGGAUGUACAUCGGGGCAUAUGUUGUGCGGGAUCUCGCGUCUGUCGCCUCGAUCGUUCAUUGCAACAGCGGUUUUCUUCACGACGGCAUUGAUAACUGCGAAUUUCGCCAAUGGGGGCUCAAAUAUCCCGUCCUGUGGUGGGACACCCUGCUAUGUACCCGUGUACCCGUCGACAUCCGAGCUGGGAUUCAUGAGCGGUGCAGUGAUGAUGGCAGGGAUGGCCAACUACCUCGUGGUCCCUAAGAUUGCGAAGUCUGAAAAAUCCAGAGUGAUCUUUUCCUAUGUCGCUGGACUAGAGUUUGGUCUGGGUUUGCUGAUCUCGGGGAUGGCGGACGCGGCCAAGGUUCUUGGCUUCUUUGCAUUCCUGACAGACCCAUCCCGCUUUGAUCCGUCACUGGCGUUGAUUAUCUUGUUUGGGAUUGGCCCGUCACUGUUCGCUUUUAUCAACAAGAGCCCGGGACAGUCUUUGGGGAAGGGAAAGCGAGGCCCGGAUCCUACACUCGCGGAAUCAUGGCGUCUUCCAACGGCAACAGUUGGUGACAUCGAUUGGCAGUUCAUCGCCGGUGCGGCGGUGUUUGGUGUCGCCUGGGGGUUGAGAGGAGUCUGCCCGGGCCCUGCGCUCCUGCGAACAGCCCUGCAGCCGGUCUGGGGAUUGAUCACGAUGGGUGGGUACAUGCUGGGAAACCUCUUUUAG